GGCAUCCUUGGUCUGUUCCAGCCGGGAAAAAUCGCCCCAAGGAGUCCCUUCUGGGAUUUGACGCUCUCUGCAGUUAAGUUCUUCCUGAAGUCUGCCCUAAAUCUCUUCUCUGCUCUUUACUGAGGUCAUGAUUCCCCGGGAGAAGACCAGCAGGCAGUCUGAGAGAUUCCAGGACCCGCAGGCCCUCCACCGCUCACCCUCCACCGUGCCUCCUCCCCUCCAAGGAUGACAAGCCCACUGCUCAUCUCGUUGGCCAGCUGCCUCGUUGCUGUGAACCAAGCCAGCCUCAUUGGCCGCUGUGACUUGGCCAAGGUGCUGCACCAGGAGGACUUGGAUGGGUUUGAGGGCUACUCCCUGACUGACUGGCUGUGCCUGGCUUUCGUAGAGAGUGAUUUCAACAUAACAAAGGUAAAUGAAAACACAGAUGGCAGCUUUGACUAUGGCAUCUUCCAGAUCAACAGCCACUACUGGUGCAACGAUUACCAGAGUCACACGGAAAACAAUUGCCAAGUGGACUGUCAAGAACUGCUGAGCCCCAAUCUUCUCGCAAUUAUCAACUGUGCAAAAAAGAUUGUGUCUGGAGCGGGGGGCAUGAAGAACUGGGUAAAAUGGAGGUUGCACUGUGCUGGCCGGCCCCUCUCCUACUGGAUGACAGGCUGUCACCUGGCAUGAGGCAGGGAGCAGGCCUGUGGUGGAGUCAUUCCAGAACUCCUCUCCUCACUCUUCAAUUCUUCUUCCUCUUGCCUCCACUUCAUGUUAUUUUCUUCCCUUCCUAUUUACAAAUAAAACUGACCAGAGCCCCAGGAAUAAAUGGUUUUCUAGGGCUUCCUCCUUGUUCCCAUCCAGGCCCAGGUCCCUGGUUCCUGACUGUCAUUUGCAAACCAAGAAGACCACGAUGAAAGAAGCUUCUCUAUUUUUUUGGAAUUAUUAAACCAUUCCUUGUGCAAAGAAUGUGUUAAUUUAUUCAUGAUUAAUUCCACCUAUAUUUGAGUACCUAAUAGAUUAUGAGUGUGUGCUAGGUACAAGAAGAAGGAUGAUAAAUGGUAACUGUUCAUGUGGUGUUCAUAAUCCAGCUGGAGAAUCAGAGACAUCUGUGAACAAUGGAUACAAUGAAUAAAUGGACACAUACAAUGAAUGCAAGAAUAAUGAAAUAGAUAAUAAAAUCUGUAGUUACUGGUUUGAAACAAUAUCAAGAUCCAAGUUAUUCCUCUAAGGUCAACUAUUUUUGAAGUAAAAGAGCUCAGAAGUAGGUAAUGAGUGAGGCUAAAGUUCUGAUAUAUUGAAGUGGAGAAAGUCGUGGUAGGCAUACAGAAAUAUGGCAGGUGAUUUGGGGGUACUUUAGGAAAAUGGGCUAGAAACCAGCUUUUUAAGGAUUUCAAACUAGACUGUUGAUGGCUUUAGUAAGUUAUACCUUGAUUUGCAUAUUUUAAAACUCAUG